AUGGUAACUACUGGAAGAAUUGAACCUCGAUCGUUUGUGGAUAUGAAAGAAUCAAUGGAAAAAACCCAUAUGGAGAUCGUAGAAGAAGCAGCACCAUCAAGUAACGAUAAAGAUAAUAUAAAAGUUAUAAAAAUGAAUGAAAUAGUUUACGGCAUUGAAACGAAAGGGAAGCCUGAACUUUUCCGUCAUGCACACGAUAAGCUCUACAAAGAAAAACGGACGGAAUUCAAUGAGAAUGAGUCAACGACUUCUCUCAGACCAGAACUUGCUUCUCAUUCUCAUGUUCAUGAAAAAGCAGCAGAAACUCACACAAAAGUUCAUAAGACAAAAAACCAGAAAAACAAAUCAACAACAACUUCUACUGAAAUGCCUGUAACGACUCAUCAUAAUCGAUUCAAACGAAGUUUUACAAAAGAUGAACUUGAAAGUUUUUCUGAAAUGGGAAAAGUCUUCUCGGAAAGUUUCAAAAAGUUUAAUGAUGACGCGAAAAAAGCUGAAAAAGAUUUUCUGAGUUUUAUGAAAAAACUUGAUAAGAUCUCAGAUUCACAUGACCACUAUGCAUUUUAA